CGAAAAUCUUGCGAUCCAAUAACAAAUAUUGAUUUAGAACAUUAUUCUCAUAUUAAUGAAUAACAAUACCGAAAAUCGUGAUUAUUCAACGUGAACGUAUCUCUCGUAACAAUAAUCGAUCUGUUACUGUUCCCUUCUGUAAUGUUACUCAACUUAGCACUGAUACCGAACGCGCGUGCACAUAGAUAUUUAAUCUUAAUAUUGAUCAGGAAUAUACAGUUAAAUAUCGAGUAAAGAUCAUGGUGUUCCGCGAACGUGACUAAGAUUUCGAAUCCUAUCGCGUAAAUAGCGAAUCUGUUUUCCUCACCGACUGCACGUUGUUCUUUCACGUCACUGUCAAUCAUCGAAAAUUCAAAUCCUGAUGCGUAUGGAUUGAUAGAUUUAUCGUACGCCUUACGAAGAACAUAUCGUUGGACUCAGUGUAAAUUCAGUGUAGACUUAUUGACCUCCGCGGGUCACUAGUUAGACUUUGCUGUACGACUGACAUCUUUUGAUAAAAAUGUUAUCACCACGAUAACGCACGUUGUGCAGGUUAAGAAAGUCGAUGGCGUUAUCUUUCAGCAUUGGAAUUCACAUGAUUUCUGACAUUUGUGAGACGAGCGUUAAUUGUGUCGGCUAAUGAUACCAACGAUAAUACGAAUCAUCUCGUACAGAAACAGGAUUCGCAAAUCCCAACGAUAUUUUUAGACGAAUCAUUAUUUUUAGUCUUCCUGAACAAUAGCUUUCGCUUCAACCAUCCGACAUUUUCCCAUGAACUCACGAUUUUCGGAAUUGUAUUUACACUUUGCGCACGAUCAUUUUCUAAUAACAGAAACAAUUCAGACGACAUCUGCACCGUUUUGCAACAACUAUAAUAUUGUUAACCAGGUGUCCCCCCGUGGGUGUCUCCCGUUCUUCUCCGUUUUUCCUUGUCCACAGUCCAGAACCGAUAACAGUACACUGUAAUUUUUUACCUAUUGUUCUGUACUCGUUGCAAAAGCGCAGUUAAAUCAAGUGAAAUUCGUUGAACUCGAGUGAACUUGUACAUAUCUACGUAUUGAAAAUAUAUAAAUAAUAUUUAGUGAUAAUAUAACAGUAACAAUGGACGACGAAGUAUUAACGGCGUUAAAGAUAUUAAUGAUAGGAGAAUCGAGUGUUGGAAAGUCGAGUAUACUUCUACGAUUUACGGAAGAUGAAUUCCAUGAAAAUAUGCAGAGCACAGUGGGUAUGGAUUACAGAACGAAGAAGGUCACCAUCGAUGGGAACACAGUGAAACUAGCUAUCUGGGAUACUGCUGGCCAAGAACGUUUUCGUACUCUGACACCUAGUUAUUAUAGAAACGGUCAGGGUGCUAUAUUAGUCUACGAUGUCACGGAUAGACUCACUUUUAUAAAGCUGGAAACUUGGCUGAACGAGCUGAACACGUACUGUGACAAAAGUGAUAUAGUUAAAAUGGUUGUGGGUAACAAGAUAGAUUUACCGAACAGAGAAGUGAGCACGGAGGAAGGCCUACAGUUCGCCAGGAGGCACCAGACUUUGUACAUCGAGAGCAGUGCUAAAACAGCGGACGGGAUCAAAUGCUGCUUUGAAGAGCUUGUACAGAAGAUAAUACAAACGCCGGGCCUCUGGGACAGAUUCACUCUCCUCGGCCCCAUCAUGAACGCUGUAACCUUCCCUAGGCAAAGAGGUGCGAAUGCAAUUCAGCUGCACGGAGAGCUCGACGUACAAAACAUCGAACAGCCUUCGACUUGUUACUGCUUCAUCUAAUCACCUGUAACGUACAGCUUUAUCGGUGAUACUCUCAAAGGAACUGUGCUAUGGUCUCAAAAAGAAAUGUGAACGCUUGGUGCGAGGAGUUUCUAAUAAAACGUGAAUUACGUAUCACAUUAGCUCUGUGUACGUCGAGAGAAGAUACACACGAAUGAGUUUGCUUCUAGCUUUUAUCGAUUUGUUAAACGAUUCAAUUUUAUAGAUAUUUGUAAUAUGAAAGUUUAUAUUCAUGUAAAUACAGUAUGCGUACACGUGGGUAAUUUCUAUUAAUAAAUUACCGAUAAAAAUCAUUGGUUUGACGGAAGCGAAUAUUGUUAACUUCGGAACGUUUGUUUCUUUAAAUCGUGUAUUAUUAUUCAGCUGAUUUUUAUGUUUGCACAAUGAAUCAAGGUGGCGUGUAUCACGUGAAAAACAUGACGACCUAUUUGUAAAUUUAUUUAUUUAAAAUCUUUUGUUGUUAGGCACUUGUAUUUUAAUUGUGCAAGUUACGAUGUUGUCUUAUACAAUUAUUUUGAUGUAUCUACUUGUAAAUAAACUAGACAUCUGCAUUUAAA